AUGACAUUGCCUGAGGUUAGUGGAGGAGUAGAUAAAAUGGCAUGGAAUGGUGAUAUAAAAGGGAAUUUUACUACUUCAGCAUCAGUGGAGAAAAUCAGGUUAAAAGAACCAAAAGUUAGCUGGCCUUCUUUCAUCUGGAAACCAUUUCUGCAUCCUAGCAUUGCAAGCAACAUAUGGAAAAUUCAACAUCAGCUAUAUGUGGAUGAUGAAGUUAUGAGGAAAAAUGGGUACAAUAUAGUUUAUAGAUGUUGCAUAUGUGUUGCAGAACAAGACAGUAUGGAUCAUACCCUAUGGAAAUGUGAGUUCAAUGUUUCUGUUUGGAAUUGGAUAUGUGUUAUUUUUGGUUUUAAUAAACCAAAAUCUUUCGGUGAUAUCUGUAAAGCUGCACAGCAAAAAAGUCCACUUAUAAAGGAAGUGUGGAUGACUGCAGCAUUCACAAUAAUGAGAGAUUUAUGGUUUCAAAAAAAUCAAAAACUCUUUGAAGAAAAGUCACCACAACUCAAUGAUUUCAAAAGGAAAAUUUGGAAAUUUGUGCAUGAAGGAAGUCUAAGAAUGAAGGGUACAAGAUGGGGGCAAGUAUAUGAUAAAAACAUUAUUGAUUUCUUUCAUAUGGGCAUCAGAUUUUCCAAAUAUAGUAGCAUUAAAGAAUGUUAUUGGUCAGCUCCAGAGUUUGGUGUUCUUCUCUUCUGCUGUGAUGAUUCUUCAAUUGGAAACCCAGGAGAAGCAGGUUUUGGAAUCAUUGUUAGAUAUCAUGAAUGUCAGGUAGUUGGUACAAUGUCAAGAGGUAUUGGUACAACUACUAAUUACUUAGCUGAAGUCUUUGCUGUUAUUUGUGCUCUGGAAUGGGCUAUAGCUCUAUCUGCAACAAAAGUAAUCAUAAGAUCAGAUUAUAAAGUUGUGAUACAUGAUUUAUGCAACAACAACAUUCCCUGGGCACUCAAAACAAGGUGGAUGAAUGUAGUUCAGAAAAUGGAAAGUAUUGUCUUUCAACAUAUCUUUACAGAAGCCAAUUUUAGUGCAGAUGAUCUUACAAAAAGAGGAGUUGGGAUUGGAGCUGGAGAAAGAAUUGUUCACAAUGGAAGGCCUAAUUUUAUUAAAAGAGUCGAAAUGCCAAAAAUUGUUUUCUAUAGGUUCUGUUAA